AUCAGAUUGUCCUUUAUGUAUCAUAGGAAAUGGUUUUGAAUUGUGUUAGUUAGAAUAAUGAUCAAGUACUUGUGAUAUAAAUUCCUGCUACAAAAUUUGUCCUUUUAACACAUUUUGCUUUUCAAGGAAACUUACAACAGUCGUCUUUAACAUUCAACUUGGUAGGGACAUUAUAUUUUACUGAUAAUAAAACUAAAUCCUAUGGUUCAUACGUAUAACAGUGGUGAACAUUUCGGAUUAGAUAUGGCUGUGUGUGGAAAAAAGGCAUCUGAAGAGACAACAACUCUUUCUCAAGGUUGUGCUGAAGAUUUUGAAGUUUACUGUCAGCCAUGUGACAGAGAUGAUGUUAGACAACCUGCCUUUGGAUACUGUGUGGACUGUAAGGAGCAUUUAUGCCAAGCAUGUUUCAUCACCCACAGGAAACCUAAACCAUCACAGCAUCAUCAGCUUCUUGACAAAGAGCACAUGCCCAUGAAACAAAACCUUCAGAUUGCAUCAAAAUCUACUCCUACUAAACAGGCUGACAGUCUAACAAUGCCGUGUUCUAAACACACAAAAGAAGUGAUCAAGCUGUAUUGUCAUGAUCAUGAUGCACUGUUGUGCAGUGUAUGUGUUGCCCUUCAACACACACCACCAUCCUGCCAUGUGGACUACAUACCUGAUAUAUCACAACAGACUUUAGACAGCAAUGAGUUCAACAAAACUUUGAAAGACCUGGACCAAAUGACAGAAAAAUGCUGCAAAGUUACAAAAGAUCAAAAACAAAGAGUAGCUGAAUCCAUAACUUCUCUUGAAGAUGUUAUAACACACAUAGACAACUUCAGAGAAGAGAUUAAUAAAAGAUUAAAUGAACUAGAAAAAGAGGCUAAAGAUACAGCAACAACAAUCCAACAUGACAACAACAAAAAGUUGACAACAACAGAAACAACAUGUGAGAAUAUUGUAAAAUCUCUUCAAGUGUCUGCCAACUCACUCAAACAUCUCAACACGAACAAGAAAGCUGAUCAACUGUUUACUGAACUUAAAAUAGCUCAGCAACUGAUUAAAGAUAGCAAACAAAGAACGUCACAACUAUCAGCAGCUGAAGAUAUUGAUGAAUAUGUCUUCGAACCAAAUCAAGCCAUCCUAACACUCCUUCAGAAUGAGAAAUCAUUUGGAACUUUGAAACAUAAAAAUCCAAAACAGUCAGCUGAGCCAACAAAUCAAUCUGAAGGAGCAAUAAAAUUCUCUGGUAGUGUCUUUGUUAGAGGAGAUUUGAGAACGGGAUUGGCUGCUUCUCCUCCAAACCGAUUAUUUGCAGCAAUUCAUGAGAAACAAUAUAUUGAAAUGAUAGACAUAGAGAUUGGGCAAGUCAUUCAAGAACUAUCACUUAAAUCACAACCCUGGGAUUUAACAGUAAUCAACAAAGAUACAAUUGCUGUUACAAUACCAGAUAGUAAAAAAAUUCAGUACAUUUCCUUCUCCUCCAAUACCCUCUCACUGAAAAAUAAACUGAAAGUUGGUGGAAAGUGUCAUGGUAUCAGUCAUCAUCAGGGAAAACUUGCAGUAACUUUUUUACAUCCUGGUAAACUCCAUAUUAUGGACUUAAAAGGUAAUGUACUUGAAAAAGUGGGAAAAGAUUCAAAUGGUGAUGAUAUUUUAUGGGAACCUAAAUAUGUUGAUACAAACAGUCAAUCAAUCUAUGUAUCUGACAGUAAGAAGUCAAUUUUAUGGUUUAACUGGCAGGGGGAGAUGAUAGGCAGGUAUGAAAGCCGUGAUUGUCGUAGCAUUGCACUGUUAGAAGACGGGUCCUUUUUAGUAGGCGAUCAUUGGGGAAAAUUCAUAUAUAGAGUAAGCGAUGACUGUAAAACAGAAAAGAAGUAUGAAAUUCAAUUUCCAUAUGAGGUCAUAUAUUGGUGUCCAGAAACCAGUACCCUUUAUACAAGUAUGCAUGAAGAUUGGGGAUGUAUCUAUUCAUAUGAUCUAAAAUUAAUAUAGCUGCAAUCUCAUUGGUCUAAAAGGAGAAAACACAAUGUACAUUUUAUAUCAAUUAGAAAUGAAUGGGUGUCACUUUUUGACUGUAUAAUACAUGUAUAUUAUCUGUUGUACCAAUAUUGUAUAAUUAUGUUCUAUUCACAGUUGAUCAAAGGGAGGCAACACAAUAUAUAUUUGAUAUCAACUAGAAAUGAAUGGGUGUCACUUUUGGACUAUAAAUAUAUUAUUUAAAUAUAUUAUCUAUUUUGUAAACAGUUGGUCAAAGGGAGAAAACACAAUAUAUAUCAACUAGAAAUGAAUGUGUGUCACUUUUUGCCUGUAAAAUACAUGUAUAUUAUCUGUUGUGCCAAUAUUGUACAACAGACUUUCAUAUUAUAUACGGCAUAAAAUACCAUGGUAACACACAAUUCUUUCUCUUUAUAUUGUAUAUAUAUCUAUAUCUAAGUGUACUGUGUAUACAUAUGAUAAAUAUCAAAUGAUUGCAAUGUUCAUUAAUACUGAUAUUCUUGUGUAAUAGUUUAAGUGUGUCCAAAAUGUUAUCAAUGAAGGUUCUAUGAAAACUGUGGAUGUUUCUAACAGAUCAUAAAUUUCAGCUUUCCAUGUUUAAAUGUCGAAAUCUGCUUAAGCGGGCGCAAGGGGGCACAGAUGGUAGUUUUCAAUUACCACAACCUUCUAUGAACAGAUUCAAUAAAACAAAACCUGCAAUUGAGUACCUUCAUUAAAGAUGCGCUACAUAAAAUAAUUGAUGGUGAUCUACAAGUUGUAACCUAAAUAGUUUAUUAUUUCUAACCAAAAAUGAUUUGUGACAAACUCAGUGGACAAAUUAAGCUAAGCAGACCAAAGAUGACCAUCGAAGCAAGUCGAGUACCAAACAUAAAGAAAUAUUGAAGUAUAUACAUGUUUGAUGUUUAUAUUAUAUUUAGAAAUUGUAUGUUGUUAUACAGUUUAUACAAAGGGAGACAACACAAUUCCUGAUUUAGUGUAUAAAGAAUUAGAAUUUUUGUCACAUACAAAACAACAUGGUACAUAAUUUUUAUGACUUUGUAUUUUUAGUUUUUAAUUCUUAAGGCUCUAAAUUACUUUUUUUUUUUCAUCAUUCAUAAAAAUGAAAGAUUGUUUGUAUAUGACUGUUAGUUUGAUAGAAUAAAUAUGUUGAAUCUUUUUCAUCAUUGUCUUA